CAACUUGAGUGGUAAUGCCCAUCAGCCCGACACGGUGGCAGAAGCAGAAGGAGGUGUGAGGGCGAGGUCUUAGGGGACGACAAUGACAGUAAAAUGCAUCUUUGAGAGUCAGGCGGCCAAUGAGUACGGGGGGGGGGCGGGCAAGGAUAUGGAAAUGAGAGUCUGACAGCCGCUGCGUGUAAACCAGCUUGGAUUUGACAGACCCUAGCGGUGCUGGCAGGCUCUGUGUGUGAGAUAGACAAAUGCAACAGGAAUGCGAAACGGCUUGGUUUGCACUGUUGCUCUGAAAAGCAGACACAUGGAACUAACCCAGCUUUGAUUUAAAAGACAAAAAAAAAAAACAGGGCAGGAGGAUAUAAAACAAGACAGAGAGAAAAGAGAACACACAACUGGAGCAUCGCUCUGGAACUUAUAAAACAGGGCUGUUGCAAAUUAAGAAUAAUAAAAAAAAAUGAUGCGUGCGUUCUCCUUUCCUAUGAGCCUGGAACGCGUCAGGAAUAAGGAGAGGCUGGAAGCCAGUCUGGCCGGACUGUGCGACCUGUCUUUUCUGAAACAGCGGCAGGAAUACCUGGUUUCCAGCGCGCUCCGAAUGGGGCUCCAGGGCGCUGAAGAAGCCGACCCCCGGGCGCAGCAAGCCGACCCCUCCACUCGGAGCCAGGGGGGUUUCACUUUGAGACAGCAACUGAAUGGGCUGGUGUCAGCGUUGGAGCAGCAGGUGGGGGAGCUCCAUGUGCACGACAGCCCCCUCCUCACGGACCCCUCCUCCGAGCUGGGAGACAGCCGGCCAAGCUCAGGUUUUUACGAGCUGAGCGAGAGUCUGUCCCCCAUUGGCCAAUCAGAUUCUUCCAUUUUCGGGGACUUCCUGCCUGGUUACUCGAGGAUGGGGGGGCUGGCCGAAGCCCGCAUGAAUUACACUAACGAGCGGCCCAAGUCUGUAGGUGACCUCUUCCUGAUGGAUCAGGAAUGUCUGGGCCUUCUCUCCGAAAACAGCCCCCUCUCCCUGGUCCCUCGCUUCUCCCCCCCCUACCCACAGUCCCCUGAAGGCACAGCACACCCCUGGGACUCUCCCUACUCCUUCCCCGGGCCUAGCCAGAUGGGUUCCUGCUACUCUGAGCAGCCCUACCAAGACUCCGGCGAGCAGCCCAGCGCGGGAGACUUCCAGCAAGCACACCGCAUAGAGAGCUAUAUCCUGGGGCUGCUUCAGAGGAGAGCCCUGCCUCCCAGACCCUCCAUACCUCGCACCAGCCUCUCUUUUGAGCCUCCCAAGGGCCUGGCCAGGCAGAGCAGCCUCUGUCGCAGGCAGACGGAGUCCGGAGAGAGCAGGUACACCCAGGGAGGGAGUGUAAAUCCCUCCCAUGGCUUCGAGGGCAAGGCCAGGCCACUGUGGGCAAGCCAGGGGAUGGAACAGGUGGAGAGCUACCAGGAAGAGGCUGUGUCCCAGCUGUACCAGAGGCAGCCCCUCAGACCAGCCUCCCUGGAGUACCGCCACCAGGAGCAGGCAUCCCUCGAACCAAACUUGGGAGAGGCAGGGAGUGAGCCUGAAUACCAGGAGGAGCUGGAAGAGCAGGAGUACCCCCAGUCCCCGGGCUCGGCCUUCCAGUACUGCGGGGCUUACCAGGAAUACCGAGGGCAGAGGUCGCCCCUGGCCGACGAGGAGAUGGUGAGCGCUCAGUACAUCCCAGCCAAGCAGUCCAGCCGGAGCUCGGGGGCACACAGCUACCAGAGACACCUCAGCAAGCAAGCCUCUUUCGGGGGCCGCAUCCGCGGAGAGUCGCCCCGCUCCCCAGAGAGGUUCCCUUUCCAGCACCCCAGCAGGGCUAAAACGACACCAAAGAAAUGUCGCUUCACUGAGGAUGGAGGGCCAAGAUCUGGGGCCAAGAAAUCAGGUAAGAAGGCCUGCAGGUCCCAGUCUGAGAAUAGCCUAAUGGGGCAGCGAGGUGCCCCAGAGCGGAGGUACAACACAGUGGAGAGGGAGGAGGGGUACGGACGGGGGGCCCAGCAGCAGCAGCAGCAGAGGCCCAAGCGAGUGAGUGGGAGUGGAGGCAGCAGUGGCAGCAGCGGAGGGGGUUACCGGAAGUGGAGGUCCACUCUAGAGAUCAGCCAGGAUGAAGAUGAAUCUCAUUCUCAGAGACGCUCCCGGAAACAACGCCUCCCUCCACUCCCCCUGCCACCUCCCCCCUCCAGACCCCUGUACCAGGCUGAUUUUGAGAAGCCUCUCUCCCCCCAGCAGGCCCCAGUCUGCCUCCCAGAGGAGGACCUGCGAGGCUACGCUGUGCCCAGCCUGGGAGACAGCGAGUCCAGCCUGAGUGAGGAGGCAGACUCCCCGGGGUCCAGCUCGCUCUCCAGCGAUUCGGAUGAGAGCGGGGGGCUGGUGUGGCCGCAGCAGCUGCCUCCCAAGCUGGGGGGGCACCCCUCGUCCUCCUCAUGCUCCUCCCCCUCCUCCUCCGCCUGCACCCCGGCAGGAGCCCAGCCCAAAGUCUUCGUGAAGAUCAAGGCGUCUCACGCUCUGAAGAAGAAGAUACUGCGCUUCCGGACAGGGCCUCUCAAAGUCAUGACCACCGUGUGAGGACUGUACAAGGGGCUCUUUGAAAAGGGACCACAAUCUAUCAUCUAGUGGCAAAUCCAUGAGCCACUGGCUUUCACAAAGUUCGAUAGUGCUGUGCUUAUUCCUAAUAGCAAGGAAAACUGAACAUUUUUUAACUCUCCGGUGCCAAUUCCAGUCAAGCUUACCUCAGUAUGGUUGCCAUCAUUUCACAGGUCUGAGAUUUACGUGUAUGAAAAACACACCCGUUUUGAUAAAGGUGAAUUUGAUUUUUUUAAUGGAGAAGAAUAUUUAUGCUUUACUUUAACGAUGUACUUCUGGUCAGCUACUCGUUUGACAUAAUAUGUGCACCUUUUCUGUAGGAAGACUUGAGAUCUACAAAGUGAUGGCAAUGCAUAUUAGACUUUACUUUUAUAGGGUUGGCUCACUAAAACCAGAAUUUAGAUAUAACUGAGAUAUUGCUUCAGUAUUGCUGAAAAUUAUAUAUUUGGCUGUAUUUACUACCAACAAUUUGCCUUGUAUUCCCCACUGACAGAAUUAGAUGGGAUCAAAGCCAAAAGAGACUUUUUGUGGAUCCCAGCGAGUCGUUUAUGACUCAAGAACCCAGGUUUAUAUCCCCUUCGGUCAUGACUUUUUCAGGACAUUUUUAGAAUUAAACAGUUUAUGACAGGUCAAAACUUUAAAAAGAAACCAUAUAUGUAUUACAAAAUAGAUGCACAAACAGUCAAACUAACACGGCACAAGCGACUGAAGGAGAUUUGAAUAAUGCGCAGUACAGUAUUCUAUUUCUAAACUGGUUCGAGGCUAUUGCUGAAGAAGCCAGUCUAGAACAGUUUGAAACAUCUGCGACUCUAUUCUUCUUAUUCCAUGUUGAGGCUUUGAGAACAAGAGACCUUGCUGUACUCUAUUUCACACGGUUUGCUCAAACCCAAUACUGGUGGUGCAGCAAUGUGAUUCCAGUCAAUGUACUGUCUAAUGGGAGCAAUGUCAAGGCAUGUUUAAUGGAUCUUCACACAGCGUCUCACUAUCUAGCUGUGCAGGGUUCAUUAGUUCUUGGGCUGCAGUGCACUGUAGGUAUUGCUUGGGGUGUAUUUCUCUGCUCCCUUUUCCUGCAGUCCUGUCAGAACUGAUGAGACCGAGGUCCUACUGUAAGCGACUCUGCAGCAGCAGCUGCAGCAGUAGUAGAUGCAUAGUUCACCCCUUAGUCUCUAAGUCGCUUUGAAUAAUAAUAAUAAUAAUAACUACACCCAGCUAGGAUUCUGUUGUUAAAACACUAGCAUGGAGAUCUGUGUGCUUUUUGAAGAUAACGAUAUAUAAUGCCACGUCUUGCAAAGAUUCAUUCAAAUAUUAUACUGCGUUUUAAAACGGACGGCACCAAAAAUGAUUCAGAUAGUUACAGGUUAAGUAGUGGGAAGGUUUCCAGUGAAGCCAAUGGGGUUAUUUGGUGACACUUCGCUGGGAUAAGGCACAGGUGAAUUUUUAGAGCAUUUUACAGCACCAGAAAAUCUUAUAUUUAGUGGUAAUCCUGGGAUAACCACACAGUGAAGGAUGCAAUGGCAGGCGAGUUGAACUAUCUGUCUAGCAUUUCCGAGUCCAGAUUCAGAGGAGUAUUUGAAGGGUAAUGUGGAGGAUUCGCUCAAUCUCUUACACACAGGGCUGUAAAUAAACCACAAAGCGCCAGUGAAAUAAGGAAUCAGACUCAAAAACAGCUCAUUAGGUUGUUUAAAGUCAAUGUCAUAUCGAUAUCACUGGGGUCUGUUUAGGGCGUAAUGUAUGAUUGUGAAAAGGAAAGGUUCAGUAGGUCAAGAAGGAGGAUCACUUCAUGUAGAAGGAAGUCUACAGCUUGAAGGAAUCUUCAAGGAAACUUUGGGAAACUGUCUGAAUAGUUUUUGGUGUCAUUUCUAUAUCGAAAGGUCAAAGCUCUAUCAAAUUUCUACCAGCAACAGUAUUAUUAUGUAACUGCUGUAUACUUUUCCUAAACAGAACACAAUAUGGUUGGAUAUUUAUACUACAGUUCAUUGUAUAUUCAGUGUUAUUCUUGACCAGUAUUUUGAUAAAGGUAGCUUCUAAUGUAUUUAUUGACUUUGAACAAUAAAGUAAUUCCCUUGUAUUUAUGAGUGCGUCCUGUAAAUAAACAAGUCCAGUCUUCCACCGUC